CUGGGGACGUGUUGGUUUCAGCUUGGGUGUGUGCAAAUUGUAAUCUCGUUAUCGACUUGGUAGUGAUUCAGCUUUAAUUUAUAUUUGUGUUAUAUCAAACAUGUCUACAUCGGGAGAAUUUGGGAAUCCCCUACGAAAGUUUAAACUCGUAUUUUUAGGUGAACAAAGUGUUGGAAAAACAUCUCUCAUUACGAGGUUCAUGUACGAUAGUUUUGAUAAUACUUAUCAAGCUACAAUAGGUAUUGAUUUUCUCUCUAAAACAAUGUACUUGGAAGACAGAACUGUAAGACUUCAACUAUGGGACACAGCUGGCCAGGAAAGAUUCAGAAGUUUAAUUCCUAGUUAUAUACGAGAUUCAACUGUAGCUGUUGUUGUGUAUGAUAUUACAAAUGCUAAUUCAUUUCAUCAAACAUCAAAAUGGAUUGAUGAUGUUAGAACAGAACGAGGCAAUGAUGUUAUCAUAAUGUUAGUUGGCAAUAAAACAGAUUUGGCAGAUAAAAGGCAAGUUACCACAGAAGAAGGCGAGAGGAAAGCAAAGGAGUUAAAUGUUAUGUUUAUUGAAACUAGUGCUAAAUCUGGAUACAAUGUAAAACAACUUUUCAGACGUGUGGCAGCUGCUUUACCUGGUAUGGAAACUCCUGAACGAACAAAAGAGGAUAUUGUUGAUGUGGACCUUAAAGAUGCCCCCAGUGAACCAGCUAAACCAGAUAACGGUUGCAUGUGUUAGAGAACUGCUUCACAUUUGCAUCUUGGCUUAUGCCAACUGCUGUUUGCUGUCCUCUUUUUGUACUUAAAAGUGUCAUCUCAUCAGAAGGCUAGUCAUUGUUUUAGAAGUCUUCUGAGUAGCAAUUCUUUUGUGAAAGAAAUUUCUGCAAACUUUACAGAAUGACUUGAUUGGCUGUUCUAACUAGCAUGAGUGCUUUGUUUUGCUUUGAAUGGUGCAUGUUUCAGAUUGCUUACAAGCUGGACUAAACAUUUGCUAUGAAAAUUGUAUUUUAUAAUGUCUUUCCGAUUCAUAUUUUGUGGAAUUUAACAAGAAAUGCCACAGUAGUUUUGUAGGGCAUGAUUUGUAAAAAUGUAUAUAAAAUAUACAAUUUUGUAGCAAUUUUGCAUUUGUAUCAAUUAAUACCGAGUGAUAUCUUUUUAUGAAGUCUGAAGUUUUGCAUUGCAUUUUAGAAUUGUAAAGAGAUGCUAGCUUAAAUUCUUUAUAUUUAUAUAUAUUUAUAAAUAUUUAUUUAUUGUAGGAUGGGUUUGUAUUUCAAUUGCUUUAUUUAUUAAAAGCUGUACAAACUUUUAAUCAUUAAUUGCCCUAUAUGAUACAUUCAGCCAUAUUUGUCACAUUUAACUGUAAAUAGUUCAUAGUAUAAUGUUGGAAAUUACAUUCAUUUUAUCUUGAUUUCCAAAAGUUGGUUUGUAUGUUUAAUACCUUUAAAGUUACACAAUUGCAAUUGUAUAUAGCUUGGUGUUUAAUGGUUUUUUUUUUAAGGUGAAUUGCUUUUUUGAUUUAUUUGACAAGGUACACAUUGUUUUAGAAUUUGAAUUGAGAUCUCCUAAAUAUUUUUGAAAACAUUCUUACUUUAAGCAAUAAUUUUGUGAUAUAAUAAAUUCUUUGCAAUGACUUUUUUUUUGUUAUUUGCAUAUAUCAAGUAUUUACUGUGAUAUAUAAAUAAAUUGUAUAUUCUUCACUUCAAUGAAAUUUCAAUUUAAUUUUUUAUUACAUCAGAGCAAAAAUUCUGUAAAGAUUGGGGGGGGGGAUUCAUUAUGUUAGCUAUUGAAUAAUGAUGAAUUUUUCAUUUUUACAAUUCCCUGUCAUUAUGAUAGCUUUGCAGUAGAUAUUGGUAGGGAUGUUUUUUUUUUUUCUUCUUUCUUUAUUUAUUUGAUACAGUAGACCCUCAACUUUAUGAACUGUUUAGGACUAAAAAAAGCGUUCAUAAAAUAGAAUAACAAUUUGUCAAUAAAAGUUUAUUUGGGACUGGUAAGAUUAUUAUUAGUGUUCAUAAAUUAAAGGUUCAUUUGGGACUGGUAAGAUUGUUAUUAGUGUUCAUAAAUUAAAGGUUCAUUUGGGACUGGUAAGAUUAUUAUUAGUGUUCAUAAAUUAAAGGUUCGUAAAAAUCUAGCAUCAAUUGUAGUAACUGUUAUUAAUAAUUGACCAAAUGAAAUGGUUUUGUUUACUUUAGCUUCCAUUCAUAAGUACUAAAAAAGUUCUAGGAAAGGGAAUAAUUGAAAUGUACUGGAUUUUCUGAGGCGUGGAGUUAUGUGCAUAAUGAAAAUAUUCUCCUGUACUUAACUUUUUAGUAACUAUUCUCGCUCCUCUCCUCUUUUCGUUUUCUUGAAAAUGUUUCUCUGCAAAGAUAUUGAGUACACCAAAUUGUAAGUUCUGCCUUUAUGCCUUUGAUACGGCAUUAACAUCUACAUUGGUGCAGUGGGAUUUUUCAGAUCACAAAUGUCCCGAGUUUGAAAAUCUGUUGCAAAAAUUAUGAAGGAAAAAAAUCAUUUUUGUAACUAUAUAUUGUGUAGCUAGCUUAACAAAGAUUAUAUUCUUGCGUUACAGGCAUGUUGUCCUUGUAAAGCUAUACAUCAUAUGUUUACAAAAAUGAUUUUUGGUUUUUUACAAUAGUAAACUUUUUUUUUUUUUUUGCAAGGUCAUGAAAUUUCGUUUUUGAGAUUCUAUAAACUCCCUGUUUAUAGAAAUUGUGCAGCAAUUUUUGUCCCCUUGUUUUCUUAUGAACUUUCCUUAUUCACUGCUUAAUUUUCUCCUUUUGAUUUUAAUAGAAUUAAAAUCUAAAAAAAAAAUUCAUUUUUUUAACAUUCACUUGUUUAGGAAUUAUCAAUUUAUUCCACUAAUGAUUGUAAGUUUUAUUUUCUUAACAUAACUUACUAAAUUGUUCUUUUUAUUCUUAUUAUUAAUCAGUUCAAUAGUUUUUAAAAUUAUGACUUAUUUUAUUAUUUUGAACUUUUUGAGUUAUGUUCCAAUUGUGUUUAGUUUAUUUUGUGUGCAAGCUAUCACAUUGAUAUAUAUAAUGAUACUAAAAUGUGUAAGAAUUGUAAAUAUCCCUCUUUCAAUUUAAGUUUCACAAUUGUGUUCUGUUUGUGUCCUUUAUUUCAAUGUCACCUAAUUUAAAAGAUGUUUUAUUCAAGGAAAAAUAAAACUAAAUUAUA